AUGUCAGUUGCGUGGUGGAUCGUUGUGAUCGUCGGUGUCACCUUCUGCACUUUCGGUGACGAUGUAGCCGCCGUCCAGGGAGCUGCUAAAAGUGGCCCCUUAUACCAUUACGAGUACAGCCGGAUCCAGGAGGAGGAUCAGCGUUGGAAGUGUUGGAACGAGGGCUACCGUCCUCCGAAGGCUACCUCGAACAAAGUCCACGAGCUGGGGAACGGGACCGCGGCCGAGCUACAGCGCAUCUUGCGCUUCAAUCAAUCCUCCACGGUUCUAUUUAUGUUCAGCAGCAACUCGGACAACCAAAAUCUGCACAACGAGUGCACAAUUGAGGCGAAUAAAUUGGUCCGCCUUACGCUGGAUAAUGCUGGGCUGGAGAAGCUGGAAAUCUCGUUCCCGACACUGGAGAAUGACUGUCGCCUGGCCGAUCUAUCUGUCCCACGCAAUCGGCUAACGGUGGUACCGUUAGGACUCGAACGUUUGACGGCCCUUCGAAAGCUGGACCUCAGCUACAACCUGCUGGAGAGCUUCAACUUGAACCAGCUAUCGAAAGCCACCGGUAUCAAGCAGCUCCUUUUGAGUCACAAUCGGCUGGAGAGUUUUCUUACGGCGGAACUGAUCGUGUUGGAUUCGCUCCAUAAGCUCGAUCUUUCGAACAAUCGCUUAAGAACGCUCGACGCGACGCUCUGGAACCUACCGCGGCUUGAGACGUUCCACGUGGACCACAAUAGACACCUCGCCACGAUUGCAGGUUGGUCACGGGUUCGAUUUCCGCUGGUGAAGGGAUUCGAUCCCACCGGGACGAACAACUGGAACCAAACGUGGCUAAAGUCGGUGCAGUAGAAUGUGGAAAUGGAGGAUGGUUCUUUACUCAACAAACCAUGACUAU